AUGAACAAAAAUGGCUUUGUCAAGGAAGCUUCGGCAUACACAAGCAUUGACAAGACAUAUGAAUGGUUAAGCAUGUCCAAAAACAAGGAUCACAAUCCCGAGUGGAAAGUCGAGGAACAAGAAAUCCUCGACCAGCUCUACAAAGGCUGGCUUCAAUACUGGAACCACGAGUCGGUCAACGACGCGGUGAACGGCAUGGCCGGCGCUCGUCGCUUUUACGACUUCGAUCAAAUGCUGUCGUAUGACAUGUUUGGCAACACUCCGCGGGGACAUUUCGGCGAGCAUUUCGAUGCCAUCUUUCCUUAUUGGGGUGACGGACAGAUGGAUUUCAAGGACAUUGAGAUCACAUGUCUCUCGAAAGACUCGGCCUUCUCUACCAUGUAA